AUGUUGGGUUAUAUAUUUAAAAAACUUGAAGAUCCAAGAUUUCCUCUACUCGGUCCGAACAUUCGUGCUUUAAAAUUUUGGGGGUUAAUCCUACCAAAGCAAACAUCAAUGAAAUUGUUAUAUAUUUUCUUACAUUUAACUGUGAUAAUUUUCACGGCAACUGAAUAUGCGGAGAUUUGGUUCGUCAAAGACGAUAUGAAUUUACUUUUAACGAAUAUAAAAAUAACCUUACUGGCAACAGUCAGUGUUAGCAAAGUGACUAGCUUUCUGAUAUUUCAAGAGAAAUGGAACAAUAUUAUCGACUACGUGAACAGAGCUGACAAAAUUCAAAGAAAUCGUGAUGUUCUUAAGAAUUAUAUUAUAGAGAGAUAUACAAAAUAUAGCAGGAGAAUAACGCUUAGUUAUUUCCUCUUGAUGUACACUACUGUUGUUUUUGUUAUCAGCCAGCCGAUUUAUAAAUACGUGUUCUCUGAAACAUAUAGAGAGAAUAUUAGAAAUGGCACGGAAAACUACGCCCAAGUUGUUAGUUCUUGGGUACCCAUUGACAAAAAUACCGUCAAGGGUCACAUAAUUGCUUGCUUUUAUCAGAGCUAUGCUGCAAUUUAUGGGGGAGGAUGGAUAACUUCUUUUGAUACUAAUGCCAUUGUUAUCAUGGUGUUCUUUAAGGGGGAACUUGAAAUGUUGAGGAUCGAUAGCAGUAACAUUUUCGGAUCAGCCGAUCUUGUUUUGAGUCAUGAAGAUUUUCAGUUGCGUUUGAAAAAUUGUUAUAGACGUCACGUGGAAUUAAUAAAGUUUAUUCGUCUCUUCGAUUCUUGCCUGUCGCCAAUAAUGUUUCUGUAUGUGAUUGUUUGUUCAAUAAUGCUUUGUGCAACAGCUUAUCAAAUAACUAUUGAAACAAGCACAAUGCAGAGAUUCAUCACAGUCGAAUAUUUGAUAUUCGGUGUAGCGCAACUUUUUAUGUACUGCUGGCACAGCAAUGACGUCCUGUAUGUGAGUAGAGAUUCAUCGCGAGGUCCAUAUGAAAGCAUUUGGUGGACGAGAAAUGUCUCCGAGCAAAAAGAUAUUAAUAUUUUGGUCGACCAGUUCAACCGAAUUAUAGUCUUUAGCGCUGGACCAUUCACUAAUAUCACUGUAGCUACCUUCAUAAGUAUUCUGAAAGGGGCAUACAGUUACUAUACACUCCUGAGUCAGUCUCAACAGGAUUAG